CCCUCGUACUUAAUCCAAACAAAUAUAAUACCUGAACUAUCACAGGAAGCCAAUUUCUGAUAUGGUUCAUUCCAUUUAACAAGGAUAACCUAAAUCACCAAAAACGAAAUGAAGAUUAUCAUUAAUUUGUUUAGAGAAUAGAAAGUCAAAUAUAUUGCGAGUUUCCCUUACAUCGGAUCUAUGUCCUCUUAAAUUAUAAUUUGUGCGUAAAGGAUAUUCGACACUUUUGCGACAAUGCGAUGUUGUAAACGUUACACCAACUAUUCCGCGUACAUUGCCGGUGGCGAGCCAACCCUCUUGGUAAUAGUUCGUACGAUUCAGCUUCCAGCCGUCAUCCUAAAAUGAAAUGUUGUAUAAAAGUUAAAAGAAAUCAAAACUGGGGGAAAAGAAUUUUAUAAAAGACUUUUGGUGAACGGUUUAGAUCAACUGCCUUGAAACUAGCGUAUUGCUUUUACAAAGUAAACGAAAAAGGUCAAAAGCAAAAUGAAUAAAACAGCAAUUCUCAAUUUAGUUUAAAAGAACGGCUUAAGAGACAUUUAAAAAGAAUUGUUCUUCUUAUACACGUUAUCAUACUUUUUUUGCACGAUUAUUCACUUUCAAUUAUUAGUAAGUAGUUCAAACCAAAUAUGCUAAAAAUACUUUAAGACGAAAAAUUUAGUCGGAAUUUAGCGCAAUAUCUAUUCAAUUGAUAUAGUUAUGUCGAGAAAACUUAGAAUUUCUUUCAAACAUUUAUUAGCCCAUUAAAUGAAUGGCAGCUGAUGCUGAUGUUCGUUCGUUCGUUCGUUUAUUAAAAGACGUUUGAACACUAUAAAAAUAGACAGAACACAUUUCUGUAAAAAUAUCGAGUGAUUAAUUAAGGUCAAUGCUGAUGCGAAAUAGUUUUUUUUUUUUUUUAAAAAGAAACUUUCAAACUUUUACAAAAUCAACCAACGCAACACCCAUCGAAUCAAAUGUAUAUAAAUGAUAUAUGCUAAUAGAUGUAUGCGUAUAGAUAGAUGUCUCUGCAUUUAUUUGAAAGCACAUCAAUCGAUCAAAUUUUUGAUUAUUUGUAAAUGACCUGCUCUCGUCUUUUGAAACAUUCAAAGUUUUGUCCCACUGCCACUAUUCGGCAGCUAUGCUCUCCGCGCCAAUCUAGAGAAUAUAAUUUGACCGGUUUAUAAAUCUCACAGCAUUCGCCAUAAAAACAAAUUUUCUACUCAUUUCGAAUACCUUUACAAUCGUUCAAAAUUUAUUCGCGAAUUUAGUUCUCACAGAACCUCUUGAGUGAAAACAUUUUCAAAAUCAUAAUCUGUUUCAAAACUAUACGGCGAUAGUAAUAAACAAAAUAAAAUAAAUAAAUUUGUAAGAAAAAAAAAGGAAAAACUUAUCGCCUUGUACAUCGUCAUGUCAAGCAUUGCAUAUGUAUUAGUAUUUGUGUUAUGCUUUUGGCGAAAUUGUUGGUGUUUUGAACAGUUGGAACAAUUUUCACUAUGUAGUACCGGUAAGCGGUUAGAAAAUGAUCAAUUGCUGAUCAAUGACAGUCUCAUAGCACAUGACAGUCUCACGAAAGAGCCGUACAUAAAUUUCAUGUACGAUCUAAAGGAACCGAUUACAUAUAUCGAAAUAUCAGCAAAUAACAACAUUUACGCCCGGGUAGAAUUGAAUUAUGAUGAUACUCUUAUCAAAGGUUUAAUCACAAAUAUACAACCACAUAACGGCAAUAAUAAUAAAUUAAUGCCCUUGGAGAUGAUUGUGCAAAUUUUUGGUUUUAAUGUAACAGUGGCAGAGAGCUUUAAUUCCAAUGGUGUUUUAAAAAACAACACUACAUAUAUGCUAGUAAUUGCGCCAAUCCGUAAACUUCGUAGCUUAACUUCUGCGACUAUUGAGUUGUUUGACGAUAAUAAUGACGAUGACGAUGAUGAUGAUGAUGGCGAUGAUGUUUAUGACGAAGAAAUUGAGUACAACGCGGCAGAUGGUGCUAUGAAGGAAGACCACGAAUUUGAAGAUAAUGAUGAAAAAGAUGGUAAUGAAAACGAUAUAAAGGAACAUGAGAAUGACGAUGAAACAGAUGAAAACUUUUUUAAUCAAAAUUUGGACAAAAUCAUAGAAAUGGGACAACGACAAAAAGGUGAUUAUUUACUCUACGAAAAUUAUCAAACUUCAACGGAGAAAACUGAUCAACUAUCAACGCAUUCUGUUAUCUUUUAUUAUAUUGACAAGAACUACAUUACCCAAGUGAAGUUCAUCAUAAUCGAUCAUUUUAUUGAGAAUAAACUCAACGGAAGUGCUUAUAAGCCACCAAUUGUCGAGUAUAGCCAUUUGUCGCCUACCACCCUCAAAGCAAUUAUUACAGAUCGCCAGACAACUAGUUUGUUUGUACAAAUGCUAUUAUAUGGCUACCGGCCAAAGGAUCUACCUGUUGAUUAUGUGACCUUUUUGCCAAAUGCUGAAAAGCUAAAGAUAUACAAUAGCAAUAAUAUUGACGGUGACGAUGAGAGAGGCAUUGCCACAGAGGGGCCAAUGUCAUCAAUGAAACGUUUAAAAUUGUUUAUGAAUGCCGAAAAUGAAAGACAACAACAAGAACAACGGGAACAAGAACAACAAUACGGUUUACGGCAGACGUCAAAUGGACUCGUUCCAACGAAUGACUCACCGGCAGAAGGUAACAUGAAAGUAUUGUGUUGGAAACCAGCAGAAGACAAAGCUGCUACGACAACCAGUCACUCUUUACUUGUACUUAAUUUGAUUGUAAUCGCAAUAACGGGUACCUUUAUGCAACUAUUGUUCGGUUAGAAUUGAAAGAUAGAAAGAAACACCUAAUCGGAAUUGUUUGCUAACUAAAAAAAAUAUUGAAUUUUCCUUAAACUGUAAUAUGUUUAU